AAGUCGUGCCUCAUUUUUUAAGUUUUGUUUUGCUUCUUUAAUAUUCAAGUUAUUUAUAUUAAUUAUAUUUUAUUUAAAUCAAAAUGGAUUUACCUGAUGAGGAAGAGGCGUUCGGCGCGGCCAUCAUUAUUGGCUCGGAAACUACAGAAGCCGAAAGGGAAUAUGAAAAAGUCCUAGAACAAAUGCGAGAAUCGGAAGGUCUUAAGCUGUACAGCGAUGUGUAUACUAAGCUGUAUGAUUCCUACUUCAAACUCAAAGGAGAGAACACUACUCACCAGGAGAAAAUUGCAUAUCUCAUGGACAAAGUGGGCCGAUACGACGGUAUAAUUGCUAAUUAUCUAAACGAAAUAUCGGACACAAAUAAAACUGUUGAUAAACUUCGAGCUGAAAUUGAGGAAGCCCGCGCACUAGCUGACGCAAUGCAUGCUCGCGAGUUGAAAAGCGUAGAGACUUUGGAAACUAUGAAGAAGACCAUCGCUCGCUUGGAGAAGGAGCUGGAUGCAAGAAAACGUGCUGGUGAUGAUGAUGCAGGCGCCACUUCAGCCGUGAAGGAGAAAGAGAAGUUUGAGAAAGAAAAAGCGCGACUCCAGGGUGAGCUGGAUGGUGCCAAACUGAGGUUGACGAAUGCUCUUAACUUCAUUGAAGAGCUAGAGCAAAGAAAUACAGCUGCAGAGGAGAACAUCUCCAAGUUGGAAGAACAACUUGAGGAAGCUGAUAACAAUGCGGUGAGACAAAAUCGACUGGUGGAUCACUUAAAAGGUGAAAGUGAAUCACUGAAAUGUGAAGUGGAAAAUAGAGGAAAAGAGAUCUCCGGUCUUAAAGAUAAAUUGUCUAAAGCAGAAAAAACAAUCAAUCGUCGAGAUAAACAACUGAAGGAUAUGACGCGUAAAUUAGAAUUAGCCCAACAAGAGCAAGAAGCAGCUUCAAAUAAGGCAGCUCAGUUGAGAGAGCAACUUGAUUUUACAAAUGCCGAGUUUGAUAAAACAAAACAGAUUCUAACUAACACUGCUAAGGAACUUAAGAAUGCGACAGAUGAUGGCAACCGUCUCCGAAACGAAGUGUCAAAACUAACAAAGCAAAGUGUUCAGCAAACAAAGAAAUAUCAACUCCUAGAACAAGCUAAAGCUGGCGUCGAAGGCGAUCGUGAGAAUCUAAGACAGCAAGUGAGCGUAAUGGAAAGAGAAAUAAUGCUAAACAAGAAACAAGCUGAAGCUGACCGGAGGGAGAUUGAGAAUUUAAACAGAGAGAAAGAGAUAUUUAAUAAAAAUAUGCAGAAGAUUCAGAACGAAGCCAUGGAGAAUCUGCUAGUCAUAAGCCGACAAGAACAGCGAAGGAAGCAGCUGGAACACGAGUUGGAAGUCAGCGCAUCGCAGCUUAAUAAGCAACGGCUCGUAAUACGACAGCUGGAGAAGGAUAAAGACAGAAUGCUUGAAGAAACUAUUGCCUUGAAUGAAAGAAUUGAUGAAAUUUCAGAGGAGGUACGACUCCGCACAGCAGAUAUAUUGGAUCUUAAAAAAGCACUUCGAGAUGAAACCAUAAAGGGUCGAAAACUCUCUGUAGCCCUUGAUGCAACCAGAGCUGAGAGGAACAUGUUGCAUAAGAAUUAUACAGAGGCACAGGAUGAGAUUCAGGAUUUAAAGCAAAAACUUAAGAUGUUAGCUUACCAAAUUGAACAGCUAAAAGAGGACAUAAGCGGCAAAGAAAGUGGUCUUAAAUCAUGUGAAGGGACUCUAGUGAAGUGUAAUAAGAAGAAUGAUCAGUUGAGGGCUGAGGUGCAGGCAGGACUCGUUAAAUUAUCGGAGGCGAAAGCAGAAAUCACUGCCUCAAGACAGGAAGAAGCUAGACUUAAUAGAAUCUUACAGGAAAGUGACACAGCCCGUGCAAAACUGAUGAAGGAGCUAGAAGGUCUUGUCAAUGAGAGAGACGUGGUCGGAGCUCAACUGGUUCGGAGAAACGAUGAAAUAUCACUACUUUACGAAAAGAUACGGAUUUUGGAAGUUACUUUACAUAGAGGCGAGCGUCAAUAUGAGCAAAGGGUUGAAGAUAUUCGCCUUUUACGUCUGGAGAUAAUUCGCCUUCGCAAAGAGAAAAACCUCCUCUCAAAGGGCAUUGAAAAUAUGACGGAUUUGAGGCUAGAGGUUUUCAAUUUGGAACGUGAGCUCGGUCGUGAAAGGUUGCGAGUUCGAGCUCUCGAAGAAGCAUUGGAGACUCCGCUCAAUGUCCAUCGGUGGAGGAAACUGCAAGGCACAGAUCCAGAGAGCGUUCAUCUCACUCAAAAACUUAGGCUUACACAGAAGAAGGUGUUGGCUCAAAGUGAAAUGCUGGUGGCCAAGGACCGUGAGCUGAAGGAGACAAGGAAUUUGUAUGGUGCCGUUAAAGACAUGCUGGCAUUACAACCUAGCCCUGAAAUACAGCAAACCUUGAAUAGAACGCAGCGCGCCUUAGCUCAACGGACUUCCAAAAUGAAGUGCCUUAUAGCGGAACUAAGUAUGCGUGAGAAACAAGUAGCAGACCUACGUUUAGAACUGGACAAAGUGAAUGAAGAUUUGAAUAACUUCAAGCAAAAGUACUACGAAAUGAAAAGGGCGUUAGAUGCUGAUGAAGCGAGGCGACUCAGAGUUCCAACACCAGCCACACCUGUCUGAAGGGGGUUCAGCUUUUUCUUGUAUCAUAUAUAUUGGUUGCCUUGAGCGUUACGAUAUUAAUUUAUUUUGAACGUACUAAUAAGUAAUUUUGGGAAUAUUUUUUUAUAGCUACUGUUACUUUUUAUACUAUAUUUUAAUCACUAGCCAGCCAUAAACAGUUUAUUUUUACUAUAUUUUGUUUAUACAAUUUGUUAUGAUAAAUUGUAGUAAUUAGUAAUCUUUAGUAAAAAGGGUAUGUGCAAUACAAAAAAAUAUACCGUUUAGAAUCGAAUGCCAUAGAUCAAAUGAAUUUUAAGGGAGAGAACUAAAAGACUACUUUAAACUUUGUGGGCACAAGCAUAUAUUUUUAUAUUAAGAACCGAUGUGUGCCAAUCGACUUUUUGAUCUCUAUUUACAAGACUGUAUUUUGUCCAGCUGCAUAAGGCCACACAUUAUGUCUUACAUAAUGAUAUGUAUAUUAUUUGACUGUGAAGUACUUGACUUAUUUUUGUAAAUAUUUUGUACUGUAUACGGGUAAAGAAAUAAAACACAGUGAUCAUUAAUCCGAAAACAAUAGUUUUAUUUAAGAACUUUUUCACUUUCUCAUAAAAUAUACACAUUGUUUUUGUCAUUAAACUAAACUGUAAGUAAAUACUAAUUUUAAAUACCAAUUUCUCGGAUCCACAAGAGAUUUUGGCCCUUACGGUCGUAUGGUGUUCGCUCAUGUACAAAUACUUAACGCUAUUUAGAAAAAAAAAAGUCAAAAAUCAAAAGCAUUUUUGUACAUUCUCAAAAUAAAAACAAGAAAAUCCUGUUUUAAGUGUGAUGAUAAUCUACAGUCGUUUGUCUUAAAAAUAAUACGAAUGCAUGCGGUACCGAGUAGCGAAUACAAAUGCUAUCAAAUGCUUUACCAAGCUUACUCUGCCGCACUGCCGAGGCCACACUUCAACAUUUAAGAUUCCUUGCGACUUAACAAAAAAUCAAAGUGAUCCAACAUUUUAAAUGUUUACCAAUCGCCAUAAAAUUUGUUUUAAAUCUGCCAAAUGCAAUAUCAUCCGAGCACUACUCAAUGUACAUAAAACAAGUUACAUGACGUUAAAAAUGU